GACACAUUUGGGCAUAAUUUGGCAUCUGGACUCAGUAAUUUUCAAAGCCCUGAAAUUGCUCACAGACAACAUGCAGGUGACAUUCUGCAGACUUCGGACUCACCAGUGGUGUUUCAUUCUGUUUAAUGUUAUCCUAUUUCAUGCCUUGUUUUUUGGGGCUGAUUUUGUGGAAGAAUACUUUCUGCAUGCUUUGCCUUAUGUAGAUAUGAAAGUUCUUGAAAUUAAGGAUAAAGCAAGAAAAUUGAACAUGGAGCCCCUAAGAAGUAACCUUUCCAAAUAUUAUAUCUUGAGCCAGUCGGAGGUCUGUAAAGGGAAGAACAUAUUUUUGCUCUCUCUUAUCUUCAGUAGCCCUGGGAAUCGAACAAGACGGGACCUCAUCAGAAAAACCUGGGGUAACAUGACCAGUGUCCAAGGGCAUCCCAUUCUCACACUGUUUGCUUUGGGAAUGCCUAUUUUGGCAACUACCCAGCAAGAGAUAGACAAAGAGUCCUAUAAGAAUAACGAUAUAAUCGAAGGAAUCUUUUUGGACAGUGCUGAGAACCAAACUCUAAAGAUCAUCACAAUGACGCAGUGGGCUGUGACUUUCUGCCCUAACGCCUUAUUCAUUCUCAAAGUUGAUGAAGAUAUGUUUGUCAAUCUACUAAGCUUGGUAAAUUAUCUUCUCAAUCUGAAAGAACACCUUGAAGAUAUCUAUGUAGGAAGAGUGAUCCAUCAGGAUAUGCCCAAUAGAGACCCUACUAGUCAAGAAUUUGUCCCUCUUAUUGAAUACCCAGAAAAGUACUACCCAGAUUACUGUAGUGGUGAGGCCUUUAUUAUGUCCCAAGAUGUGGCUCGGAUGAUGUAUAUAGUUUUCAAAGAAGUACCCAUUAUGGUGCCUGCUGAUGUGUUUGUAGGAAUUUGUGCCAAGUUUGUUGGCCUUAUACCCAUCCACAGUUCAAGGUUUUCUGGGAAAAGACACAUCAGAUACAACAGAUGUUGCUAUAAGUUCAUCUUCACAUCUUCAGAAACUACUGAUGCCGAAAUGCCCUUGGCAUGGAAGGAAAUUAAUGAUGGGAAAGAAUGUACACUGUUCGAAACUUACUCUGGACUCAUUUCCUGCAAGCUUCUGACAUAUCUUGACAGCUUUAAACGUUUUCAUAUUGGUACCAUAAAAAACGACGCCAUGUAUCCUGGUGAUUAGGCUUUCUUUUUCUUAUACGUGUGUUCUUUUUUAAUUAACCUCCAACCUUGUUACAGAAAGCACCCCUCCUUCUUUAUGUAGUUUUAAUUGUACUCAGAAAGUUGCAAAGUUUUAGUGCCCUGAUACAUCAUAUUGAAAUCUCAUUUCAAAGAAUUUGAGUUGAUAUAGCAU